UAUUGACAACCGGCGAAAAUAAUUUUUCAAGCACACGUGCAAGAUAUUUUAAACUUCAAAACCUGAAUUUUUUGUUAUUGAUUACAACAUAAAACACCUUGUUCCCAUUCCGCUUCGAGACUAUUACCAAAUUCCUUGUCUCACGUUCUUUAGUGGAAAGCGAUACGAAAUGUCCAAAACGGCGGCAUCAACAUCAACGCCACUCAUCGCCAAGCCAAAAAACGGUAAAGCGGCCACCAGCACAGGCCAAUCGACAUCUAAUGGUGGAAGAGCACGUGCCAACGGUAACGGUAAAAGGCAGCCACCGUUCGAUCUGAAGAACCUGGAUGCUUUGGUAGAGGAACUGCUCGGCGACAAGAAGAAACUGACUGCAGCCCAGAAGGUACAGCGUAAAAAGCUCGAGGAAUACCUAUCCAACGAGUUCGCAGAGAGUGAUGACAGCUCGGAGGAUGGUCAGGCGGAUGACAGCAAUGAGAAGCCGUCGGGAUACGGCAGCGAUAGCGACUUCGACGAUAAUGAUUACACCGAGUACCCAAUGGACAUAUCCAGCCCAGAAGCGUCGCCACAGCCGCUGCCGCCGCCUCCCGCCAAGAAGGCUGCCCCAAAGUCUUUAGCUGCCAGGCCAACCGAUCGUAAGCGAAACAGUCUUAGUGCCAACAAUGAUGCAAACAAUAACGAUAACGAGCCCGACAAGAGCGUUCCACGUAAGAAGCGUCGCAGCCUGGAACAAACUGAGCCCGUGUAUGAGGAUGGCAAGGCCCCCUAUUGCCCGCUGGUCGUCCGCAAGUCACUGCCCGCCGCCACAGUUGGCAAUUCCCGCCCCUUGCCAGAAAGUCGCAAGAGCCUGGCGACCGGUGAGGCAAAAUCGUGCUCGUUGCCGCCCGAAGCAAAGGUCAGUGCCCGUGUGGAUGAUGAGAUGCCCACCACCAGCACGAGCACCAAGCAAAUAAAGCAGGAAGCCACUGUGGAAGCACCAAAGGACGUGCACAAAUCCAAUAGCAUCGAGGAGGGUCGCCGCAUUCUGCAGUGGAUCAUGAAUCCGGUCAAGCCGGAUGACUUCUUCAGCGACUUUUGGGAGAAGAACGCCUGUCUGGUGCAGCGCAAGAACCCCAAGUUCUUCUCUGAGCUGAUCUCAUUCCAGAUGAUCGACGAGAUGCUGAUACGAAACCACCUGGAGUUCACCACCAACAUCGAUGUGACCAGCUAUACGGACGGCAAGCGCGAGACGCUGAAUCCGGAAGGCAGGGCCAAGCCGCCGACGGUUUGGGGCUUCUACGGCGAUGGCUGCAGCAUUCGCAUACUGAAUCCGUCCACUUAUUUGGCCGGACUGCGUCAGGUGUGCAGCAUGCUGCAGGAGUUCUUUCAUUGUUUGGUUGGGGCCAAUGUGUAUCUGACACCGCCAAACAGUCAGGGAUUUGCACCGCACUUUGAUGACAUCGAGGCCUUUGUACUCCAGAUAGAGGGACGCAAGCGCUGGCGCCUGUACAUGCCUCUCCAGCCGGCCGACGUGCUGGCCCGCGAAUCCUCUGGAAAUUACAGCCAGGAGCAGCUGGGCGAGCCCAUACUGGACGAGGUGCUGGAGGCCGGCGAUGUUUUGUACUUCCCGCGCGGCACUGUCCACCAGGCGAUCACCGACAAGGACCAGCAUUCGCUGCACAUAACGCUGAGUGUCUAUCAGCAGCAGGCGUAUGCCAAUCUUAUGGAGCACCUCAUGCCGCACGUCCUCCAGAGGGCGGUGAAGCAGAGCCUGGCCAUGCGUCGCGGCCUCCCGCUUCACACCUGGCAGAAUCUGGGCCUGGUGCAUGCCAGCGGUCAAAGUCGCACUCGCGGCCUUUUCAUAAAGGAUGUCCAGGGGAUGGUGCAGAAGUAUCUGGUGCCCACAGAGACUGAGAUCGACUGGGCGGUGGAUCAGGUGGCCAAAAAGUUCCAGCACGAGGCCCUGCCGCCAACCAUUCUGCCGGAGGAGAAGUUGCGUACGGUCUUUGGGUCGCGUAGCGAACGGGAUGAGAAGGGCUAUUGCAUUUGUGACUACGAGUUUACCGAUCAGACUUCAAUCCGUCUGUUGCGCGCCAACAUCCUACGACUGGUGCAAACCGAAGACUCUUUGCGGAUCUACUACUACGUGGACAAUGCCUUGGAGUACUGCAAGUACGAGGCCAAUUUCAUGGAAAUCGAGCCCACAGAAGGGGGUGCCGUUGAGACCCUUAUAAAAGCUUAUCCUGCCUAUAUUAAGGUAUCUCUGCUGCCACUGAAGAACGCUGAUCGCAGGAUAGAGGUUGCCACGGCUCUGUGGGAGCGCGGUCUCCUGAUGACCGAGAAGCCGUUUAAGUAAAAAAUUAAGAAACAUAAAAAAUGUGAUGAUACCUAGAUAGAUAAAUAAUAUUGUUACAUAACUAGUAUUUAUAAAGAGACUCAGCCGUUUUGCCUGCCAAAAUACGAAUGUACUCUGAAGUCCCAAUAACUCGCAUCAUUUCAUUGUAAUCGUCAUAUAUCAUUUGUAAUUCAUUUCCCAUUUGGGCACUCGGCCCGCAAAAUCCCUGAGUUUUGUGGCUGUUCUGUAGGCGUCCGCCCGGAUUAUGAAACCAAAUCGUAAAUUUGUAAUAAACACUUAUGUAGUUUCGUUUAA